AAAUUUCUACAAACCGCACACGGGCCCGUUCGAAAAGUUGUUCCUUCAGAGGAAAGGCGUUUAAUGAAAAUACUGUGAUUUAUUAGUAAAUUAUCCUCUAUAUCCCUGCAAAAUGGGAAUUAAAUUUUUGGAAGUUAUCAAGCCUUUUUGCAGUAUCCUGCCAGAAAUUGCAAAACCAGAGCGAAAGAUACAAUUCAGGGAGAAAGUGCUAUGGACAGCGAUAACGCUAUUUAUCUUUCUAGUAUGUUGCCAGAUUCCUCUAUUCGGGAUCAUGAGCUCGGAUUCCGCGGAUCCCUUUUACUGGAUCCGUGUCAUCCUCGCCUCCAACAGAGGCACCCUCAUGGAACUCGGUAUUUCCCCGAUCGUAACGUCUGGUUUGAUCAUGCAACUCUUAGCCGGAGCGAAGAUCAUCGAAGUUGGCGACACCCCCAAGGACAGGGCUCUGUUUAACGGCGCCCAGAAACUGUUUGGUAUGGUUAUAACGGUGGGUCAAGCCAUCGUGUAUGUAAUGACCGGAAUGUACGGAGAUCCAGCUGAAAUAGGAGCCGGAGUCUGCCUUCUGAUCAUCAUCCAACUGUUCGUGGCGGGUCUCAUCGUGCUCCUGCUCGAUGAAUUGUUGCAGAAAGGAUACGGUUUGGGUUCGGGUAUUUCUCUUUUCAUCGCUACAAACAUCUGCGAGACGAUCAUCUGGAAGGCUUUCUCGCCGGCUACUGUCAACACUGGAAGAGGAACGGAGUUCGAAGGAGCCGUCAUCGCCUUGUUCCACUUGCUCACCACCAGACAGGACAAGAUUCGAGGAUUGCGCGAGGCUUUCUACCGCCAGAACCUUCCUAAUUUGAUGAAUCUACUAGCUACAGUUCUAGUGUUUGCUAUAGUAAUAUACUUCCAAGGUUUCAGAGUCGAUUUGCCCAUAAAGAGCGCCAGAUACCGUGGCCAGCAUUCGAGCUAUCCCAUUAAACUUUUCUACACUUCCAACAUUCCGAUCAUUUUGCAAUCCGCUUUGGUGUCGAAUUUGUACGUUAUAUCCCAGAUGUUGGCCGUUAAAUUCCAAGGCAACUUCUUCAUUAAUCUCUUGGGGGUUUGGGCCGAUGUUGGAGGCGGCGGCCCGGCUAGGUCUUACCCGAUCGGCGGUUUGUGCUAUUACUUAUCGCCGCCCGAGAGCGUGAGCCACAUCUUGGAAGAUCCCGUCCACGCCGUUAUGUACAUUAUUUUCAUGUUGGGUUCCUGCGCUUUCUUCUCGAAAACGUGGAUCGAAGUGUCCGGCAGUUCGGCUAAAGAUGUCGCGAAACAGCUUAAAGAGCAACAGAUGGUCAUGAGAGGUCACAGGGACCAUUCCAUGAUACACGAACUCAACCGGUACAUUCCCACCGCUGCCGCUUUCGGCGGUUUGUGUAUCGGAGCCCUGUCCGUUCUCGCCGAUUUCAUGGGAGCUAUCGGUUCCGGAACCGGUAUUUUGCUCGCUGUUACAAUCAUCUAUCAAUAUUUCGAAAUAUUUGUCAAGGAACAAAGCGAAAUGGGCGGCAUGGGCGCUUUACUUUUUUAAAUGUAAAAGUUAUCAUUAAGCGUUUUUGCUCGACUGAACGUGAUCCUUUGUUUGGUAAAUAAUAACUAUCGCUGUUUUUUUUUUUAUUUUUUACCUCAAUGUUCAUAUAGUUAUUAUUUAUUUAUAACAAAUUAUAUCACUUUAUAUGUAAAGUGUGAAACAUUUUUGUACUAAAAGAUUGAAAAUAGACAAAUAUAUUUAAUUACAAGAAGUUUGUGUUUAAGAAAGACGAGAUAUUUAUAUUAUGUGGAUGUCCAUGCUGUUUAAAUUAAUAUUUACUUUUCAUUCUUUCAGUAAGGUUGUGUACAAGUCAUUUACAUUUUGUUAUUGGAUUAUAAUUUAUUAGAAAUGCAGGAGUUUUUCAUUGUAUAAUAAAUUUUCUUCAUAAAAGGGUUUACAACAUUUAAUUAAUUAAAAAGCAGUUGAUGUUUUUUAUGUAAAUUGUUAAUAAUUGGACUUUCUUUAAUAAAAAAAUAGUAUUU